GUGAUGUACGUGGCCGGGGUGGCGGGGAACGUGUACACGCUGGUGGUGAUGUGCCACUCGGCGCGCUGCGCCGCCCCCAUGUACAGCUCCAUCGUCAGCCUGGCCCUGGCCGACCUGCUCUACCUCUCCACCAUCCCCUUCAUCGUCUGCACCUACCUGGCCCAGGACUGGUACUUCGGGGACCUGGGGUGCCGCAUCCUGCUCAGCCUGGACCUGCUCACCAUGCACGCCAGCAUCUUCACCCUGACCCUCAUGUGCACCGAGCGUUACCUGGCCGUCACCCGGCCUCUGGAUACCCUGAAACGGUCACGAGGCUACCGGAAGGUCACGGCGGGGGGUGUUUGGGCGGUUCGCCACAUGAUGCUGAUGGUCACUCUGACUGAGGGGGGCAAAGCAGAGGGCAAGGUGAAGAGGAUGUGUGCGCCCACCUGGAGCGUGGACGCCUACCGGACCUACCUGACGGUGCUCUUCAGCACCAGCAUCAUGGCCCCGGGAAUCAUCAUUGGCUUCCUCUACACGCGCCUGGCCAGGACCUACCUGGAGUCCCAGAGGAACCCCCCCCACAAGGAGAAGAGCAAGAGAUCCCCCCGGCAGAAGGUCCUCAUCAUGAUUUUCAGCAUCGUGCUGGUCUUCUGGGCCUGCUUCCUGCCGUUUUGGAUCUGGCAGCUGGUGCGACUCUACAGCAGCUCCCUGCAGCUCACCACCCAAACCCAAAAGUGCAUUAACUACCUGGUGACCUGCCUGACCUACAGCAACAGCUGCAUCAACCCCUUCCUCUACACCCUGCUCACCAAAAACUACCGGGAGUACCUGCGCAACAGGCACCGCAACUUCUACAGGUUCACAUCCUCCUUUCGCAAGAGGGGCUCCAACCUGCAGUGCUCCUGGGCACGGUCCAUGUCCUCCAGCAACCAGUACGACUACAGCUCAGAGGCCCUGGGCAUGGCCACGCUGAAGGACAAGUGAGGAAGAGGAGCGGCUCUGGAGACACCAGGACCGGCAGAGCAUCUGGCCAAGGGCUUCUCUCAUUCCAUUUGACCUCAUGUUCC